AUGAACUUAGGCCUCCGUCGAGAUUUUACAUGGCGUUUUGUGGUAGCAGAAGUCAGCAAAACUAUUAUCGGUGCGGACUUUCUAGCUUUCUAUCAACUUCUUGUGGACGUAUCACACAGCAGAUUGCUAGACGGAAUUACUGGACUUUCCGUUCUGGGUUGCCAGGCAUAUGAGAUGUCAUCACAUGUGAAAUCAGUUUCCGGAACUUCAAAGUACAUCGAGCUGCUUAAAGACUAUCCCAGUUUGACUCGACCAGAUGGAAGCUUCAAAGAGAUCCCACACUUCACCGAUCAUCACAUCAAUACGAAAAGAGGCCCUCCAGUUAGCUGCAAAUCACGACGUUUAGCACCUGACAAGAUGAAAAUUGUAAAAAGUGAGUUUGAGACAAUGCUGAAAAUGGGAAUAGCUCGCCGGCUCGAAAGGUGCUGGUCAUCGCCACUUCAUCUCGUUGCCAAAAACUUCGCUGAUUGGCGUCCGUGUGGAGAUUACCUCUCAUUAAAUGACCGCACGAUUUCAGACAAUUAUCCUCCAAGAAAUCUUCUGGAUUGUUUAGCUUAUCUCUCAGGCAAGACAAUAUUUUUCAAUAUUGAUUUGAGCGUUCAAUCAGAUUCCGAUCGCACCGAAAGACAACAAGAAAACGGCCAUAGCUACACCAUUUAG